AUGCCAAAUUACGUUAAGUUUCUAAAAGAUAUUUUGACGAAAAAAAGGAGGCUGGGAGAGUUUGAAACUGUUGCUCUCACAGAAGGUUGUAGUGCCAUGUUGAAGAGUAAAAUCCCUCCGAAAUUGAAGGGUCCUGGUAGUUUUACGAUCCCAUGUUCUAUUGGGGGACGAGAUGUAGGAAGGGUAUUGUGCGACUUGGGCGCAAGUAUUAAUCUCAUGCCGAUGUCUAUUUUUAAGAAACUUGGUAUUGGUGAAGCACGGCCUACAACUGUGACAUUACAGCUGGCAGAUAGAUCCAUGGCCCAUCCGGAAGGGAAAAUUGAGGAUGUGUUAGUACAGGUGGACAAAUUUAUAUUCCCAGCCGAUUUCAUUAUUCUGGAUUAUGAAGCAGAUCGAGAAGUACCAAUUAUUUUGGGACGGCCGUUUCUUGCUUCGGGUCGAACAUUAAUCGAUGUACAAAAUGGUGAACUCACUAUGAGGGUGAAUGAUCAGCAAGUUACAUUCAAUGUGUUUAAUGCCAUGAAAUUUCCAGAUGAAAUCGAAGAAUGUUCUAGUUUGAAUGUGAUUGAGACACUUGUGGCUGAGACUUUCAACAAGGAAAUUUGCACAGCUGAGUUGGGGGUAUAG